GGCGGGAGCCGCGGGGCCGGCUCCCACGUCCCGCAGCCGUGUCGCCGCGCGCCCUCCCCUCGGGGCGGUCCCGCUCGGGGCUCGGCGCGGCGAGGCGAGGGCCGGAGUCUAGCGGCGGCGCGGCGGCCCGAGGCCCGAGAUGGUGAUCUGCUGCGCGGCCGCGAACUGCUCCAACCGGCAGGGCAAGGGGGAGAAGCGCGCCGUCUCCUUCCACAGAUUCCCCCUAAAGGACUCAAAGCGUCUGAUCCAGUGGUUAAAGGCUGUUCAGAGGGAUAACUGGACCCCCACGAAGUACUCUUUCCUCUGCAGUGAACAUUUCACCAAAGACAGCUUCUCCAAGAGGUUGGAGGACCAGCACCGCCUGCUGAAGCCCACGGCCGUGCCCUCCAUCUUCCACCUGGCGGAGAAGAAGAGGGGGGCCGGAGGCCAUGGCCGCAGCAGGAGAAAGGACGCCAGGAAGGCCUCAGGGAGCCUGAGGGCACAGGCAGGUGACGCGGACGGGAAGGCAGCGGCAGGGUCGUCAUCGUCCUCGAGCGAAAACCCGAUGGCCCAGCCAGAGUCCCGCAAGCUGAAGCGGGCAGCGCUGCAGGGCAGGCCGGCCCCCAGGGCUGCCCAGGAAGCCGCCAGCCCUGAGGGUCCGGAGCAGGCCCGGCAGCGCCUGAGGGAACCGGAGGACGGUCCGGCCACAGUGUCUGGCAGCCAGGCAGAAUCGAACGCAUCCGCUGUGGAUGCUGGCGACGAGCGCGCCACCUCCCCCGAUGGGGACGUGGUAGACAAGAGUGGCAUUUCCGUGGAUGACUUUACUCCCCCUGGGUCGGGGGCCUGCAGGUUUAUCGGCUCGCUUCAUUCCUACAGUUUCUCCUCCAAGCACACCCGUGAGAGGCCGUCAGUGCCCCGCGAGCCUGUCGACCGCAAGAGGCCGAAGAGGGACGUGGAGCCUGGCUGCAGUGGGAGCAGCCUGGGGCCCGACAAGGGCCUGGCACAGAGCCCCCCGAGCUCGUCCCUCACGGCCACGCCACAGAAGCCUUCGCAGAGCCCCUCGGCACCCCCAACAGACGUCACCCCAAAGCCGGCGGCCGAGGCUGUGCAGAGCGAGCACAGCGACGCCAGCCCCAUGUCCAUAAACGAAGUCAUCCUGUCGGCGUCAGGGGCCUGCAAGCUCAUCGACUCGCUGCACUCCUACUGCUUCUCCUCCCGCCAGAGCAAGAGCCAGGUGUGCUGCCUGCGCGAGCAGGUGGAGAAGAAGAACGGGGAGCUGAGGACCCUGCGCCAGAGGGUCAGCCGCGCGGACAGCCAGGUGCGCCAGCUGCGGGAGAAGCUGGACCAGCUGCGGAGACUGAGCCUCCCCCACCUGGGCAGCCUGCUGCCCCCCGGCCGCGAGCCCCCCGAGAUGAGCCCCGUGCUGGAGCCGCUGUCCUGGAUGCUGGGCACCUGGCUGUCGGACCCGCCGGGAGCCGGGACUUUUCCAACGCUGCAGCCCUUCCGGUACCUGGAGGAGGCGUGCAUCUCACACACCGGCCAGCCCGUGCUGAGCUUCUCGUUCAACGCCUUCCACCCAGACACGCACAAGCCCCUGCACAGGGAGUGUGGCUUCAUCCGCCUGGAGCCUGACACCAACAAGGUGGCCUUUGUCAGCGCCCAGAACACAGGCAUCGUGGAGGUGGAGGAGGGCGAGGUCAACGGGCAGGAGCUGUGCAUUGCGUCCCACUCCGUCGCCAGAAUGUCCUUCGCCAGGGAGCCCCACGUGGAGCAGAUUACCCGAAAAUUCAGGCUGAAUUCCGAAGGCAAGCUCGAACAGACAGUCUCCAUGGCAACCACUACCCAGCCCAUGACUCAGCACCUGCACGUCACCUACAAGAAGGUGACCCCGUGACCCAGGUAGAGCUUCGUCCCGGGCGGGCCUGGCCUGCGUCGUGACACUUGAGCUCCUCAGCAGAUGCCGUGGCAGGUGUGGGUGUGGCCAGGGUCACCGUGGGUUCAGGAGUGUGGCCACGUGUUCCUGUAAUGGCAUAUAGAAAAACCAAAUAAAAGGCCUUUAUUUUUAUGGCUGAGAAUUUGUAAUAGUA